UUGAACCGGUUCAAGUUUAACAAACUCGUACCAGAUCGUCUGCCAAGGGAUCGAUCCACAUGCAUCGAGCGAAACAUCCACGAUUGGCUGGCACAGGACGACGCGGAUCGAGUUUGUUAAACUCGAUUUACAUGGAUCGAGUACAGAAGACUGGAGUGACAUGAAUCGCUGACAUAGGCAGCGCUCCACCCUAGAUCGAGGUAAAGUGGAUCGAUCUACACCGUUCGAUGGCCACAUCCGCGAUGAAGUGGUGACGCGGAUCGAGAGGGGGGGGGGAGGGAGGGAACUCGAUGCAGGUGGAUCGAGGGCUUGGGAAUCGAUUUGCUUGACGCGGAUCGAUGAUGCCAGACUCGCUCUGCAGUAGAUCGAGCUCUCAAAACUCGAUCUGAGCCGUUCGAUUUGACAUCAGUCGAACUCCUUUUGACGCGGAUCGAAGGCUGCAAAAUCUAUGCUGUGGUUCGAGUCCCCUAAAAUCGAUCCACCUCCUCCCACUGCACCUAUAAAUACCUCCUUCCAUUCCACCAAAUCUCACACCACUUCAUUCUUCUUCCUCUCUUCCUUCCACCACUCUUGAAGAAAAAAAAAAGCUCUUUGGUUGCGGCUAAGCCCGAUCUUCCGCAUCAUAUUUUUUUUUCUUUAGUUUGGUACUUCUAUCACUCAAAAUUGCCGAGAUGGAUCCAAGUAUUUACGAUCCUAGAUUACAGGGGUGGAGCUAGGAUCCAGUGGUCGGGGGGGGGGGGGGGGGGGGGGGGGGGGACUUUAUUGUAUAAUAUCCGUAAAAAAAAUUAAGAAAAUAUUUACAUUGUGAGUCAUAAGUCUAGACUCCAAAAUUUAAUUAUCUAAAUUAGAAAAAUAUUAUAAGCUCCAAAAUUUCAUUAUCUAGUUUGAACUUUCAAAUUAAAAAGUAUUUGAAUAAGUACAAAAGUUAAGUGAUCAGUCUAAAUUUUAAACAAAAACUCAACCAAAGUAGGAAAACUAAAAAACAAUGUUGUUGCCAGGGAUUGAACCAUGGUACUAGGUAUUCAUAAAUACUAGGCAAUUGCUGUAUUCCAUUAGACUAGACCCAGACAUUUUUACUCAUUAUUGCACGUUAUUGUUAUUCUACAAUAGUUAACUUCUUCAGAAUUUUCAAAAUUUCCGAUAUUUUUACACGCGAUCUCCAAAAUUUUCGGGGGUGGGGGGGGCCCGAGGCACAAGGUAGCUCCGCCCCUGCUAGAUUAUACAUUCAAGGCGGACCGCGAGAAACCGGUUUGUUGGAUGACCAACCUUACCAUCGGUCUGAAAGUGUUUGGGCGGCAGAUCUGGUAAGCACUCCUCAUGUACUUUUCUUUUUUAAAUGUGAUAGUAUUCUUCUAAUUUUUUUUAUAAUAAUUAAUAUAUUUUUUUUCUACAGGAAGAAUUUGACGUAAUCACCCAUCGGUCGCUAUCUCGCUUGCCUAAAUGGGAUGAUCGUAUCGAGCCCUUCAUUGAAAGAGCGCGAUUGUUGAGGGUGCGAAAGUUGGUGGGGAAGGAGAUGGACAACAACCUUCUUACAACAAUGGUGGAAAGAUGGAGAAAAGAAACGCACACAUUCCACCUUCUAGAGGGAGAGAUGACGAUUACGUUGAAGGACGUAGCCAUGCUGACAGAGCUUCCAAUCGAUGGUGAUGCAAUAAUAGAAAGUUCACAGAAACCAUUGAAUGGUUGGGGCCAAUUUAUAAGCGAGCGUUUAGAUAUCAACAUCCCCGAGGAAGCAUCAGAAGGUCGUCGUGUACCACCUCUACACAAGUCUAUGCUAUUGAUACCUUGGCUAGUGAGGACCGGUGGAGAAUUUCCGGAGGAUGCCACGGAUGCUCAGAUAGAGAGGUAUGCUCGCAUCUACCUGAUUUGUUUGGUUGGAGGAUUUUUGUUUCCGAACAAGUCUGGUGGAAAUAUGCAUUGUAUGUGUCUUCGAGUUCUUUUGGAAGACUGGGACGAGAUUAAGAGAAAAAGUUGGGGAUCUGCUUGUUUGGCGAUGAUAUAUUCGGAGUUGUGCAAGUGUAUGGAUCAGAAAAGAAAGUAAGCGGGUGAUCCCAUGUUCAUCCUCCAACUAUGGGUUUGCGAGCACCUUCAUACUUUCGCUCCAAUUUGCCCUGCCAACAGUUGUGGUCCUGAUGAGCCACUACGACAAUGGGCUUAUGGUGCUAGAUGGAUUAAAGCUAUCACGAGACUCACCUCUCUAGACGGGUACCGCCAACAUCUUUACCGUAUAGAAUUCAACGAGGUAAUAUUCUAGCUUAUGAUUAUGAAUGCUAAUUUAUUUGUUGAAAUUAUUUGUCUUAGCCCAUGCUUUAUUUUUAUGAUUAGGAAUCCUAUUUUAUUUGUUGAAAUUAUUUGUCUUAGCCCAUGAUUUAUUUUUAUGAUUAUGAAUGCUAAUUUAUUUGUUGAAACUAUUUGUCUUAGUCUGAGCCUAUGAUUUAUUUUUAUGAUUAUGAAUUCUAUUUUAUUUGUUGAAAUUAUUUGUCUUGGCCCAUGAUUUAUUUCUAUGAUUACGAAUUCUAUUUCAUUUGUUGAAAUUAUUUGUCUUAGCCCAUGAUUUAUUUUUAUGAUUAUGAAUCCUAUUUUAUUUGUGAAAAUUAUUUGCUUCGAUUUUAAUUUAUAUGUUGGGUUGAAACUUAGGUGGAGUGGGAUCCGUAUCCGAACGGAGCAAAGGAUUUGUACUAGUUGCGAUACCCUGAGGAUCGUUGACUCUGGUCGUGCAAGUUGCCUAUGAUUUGCCACAACAUUGUCGAGUGGCACCUCCCGGAUAGAUGUGUCCGACAAUAUAAUUGGGCGCAACCGAUUCCUCUCCCACCACUGGACGUACAUAAGUCACUCCACAAGUAAAGCAAGGAUCUGCGGGGUACAAUCAGUGAUUGGCCAACCAAGCACCAUAGAUGGAUUGAAAUGUGGGAGUCUCGUCAGACGUAUGCAAUUGAUGGGAUCCCAAUGAAGAGGCCAAUGGGGUCAGUGGCGGAUACAUGGGCCUCUAGGGGUGUCCCCGGACACCCCUAAAAUUUAGAAAAACGAUUAUCCACCCCCCGGUAGUAGUUUCAUAUGGAUAAAAAAAUUAUAAUUGGUAAUCCAGGACACCCUUAAAUUUUGAAAAAACAAUUAUCAUGUUCUCGGUAGUAGUUUGCGUAUGAUUAAAAAUAUAUAAGUAGUAAUCUCUGUGUUAUUCAAACCUAGGACACUACUAUUAUUAAACAUAUUCUCUAGGUUGCAACUCAUUUGUUGUUUUAUUUUAAACACUAUGUAAUAGUAAAAACACUAUUCUUUA